UAAACCAUUUUCGGAACCUGCAGCGCCAAAAUAUGGUAAAGGAAAACCUAAACAGCAGGAAGUAAAGAUUCUGCAUAUAAAUGUGAGAUCCCUAAGAAGAAAAAUAGAUGAGUUGGAAGCCUUUCUUGUUGAUGAGGACAUUGAUGUACUGUGCCUGACAGAACAUUGGUUGACCAAAGAAGAAAUGGAAGUUGUCCAUUUGCAGGGAUACAUGAUGAGAGGGUCUUCUGAACGGAAGGACUUCCAGAUCUCCUUCAGGGAAUUUUGAUACCUUCUUGGAAUCAAUGGAGGAAAUAUUAACACAAUUGAGUACGAAUAGGCAAAUUAUUCUUGCUGGGGAUUUCAAUGUAAGUUUCAACACAUUAGAUGUUAAUACAAGUAAAUUGUGUGACCUUCUCGCUAGCUUUGGCUUAGAAAGAACAAUCUUUGAACCAACUCGUGGGGACUCCUGUCUUGACAAUGUUUUCCUUAGUAGUGCGAUGGAGCUGUGUGGCUCUCAGGUAUGUGAUAUUGGAAUAUCAGAUCAUAAAGGUCAGCUGGUUAAAUUUCUUGGUUGUGAAACCACAGGUUUUACUCAAAAUAAAAAAAUGUAUAGACCAGUAACACAAAGAGGUUUGUUUAUGUUACACAGUAGGUUGUCGGAGAUAUCUUGGGAUUUCAUUACUGUUGAUAGUACCAGCGGUGAACAAAAGUUUAGCCACUUCAUGGAUAUUCUUCAAGAAGCCUAUACAUACUCUUUUCCAAAGAAAACUUAUGUGGUAAGAUCCGACCAGGGCAAUAAUAUUUCCUGGUUUAAUACCGAACUAAGGGCAAUGAGGGAACAUUUGAGGUUUUUGAGAGAGCUGAAAGGGCAGUAUGGUUUUGUGAGUGACCAGUAUUAUAAAAACUACAAAAAUCUAUAUAGAAAUAAAAUAAGAAAAGCUAAGAUAAAUGCUAAUGACAACCUUGUAAAGAGCUCAAGUAAUCCUGCUAAAACCAUCUGGGAUAUCAUUAACAAAAAAAGAGGUAAGAGUAAUAAGUGCCCUGGGAGCAGUGACCUGUCACCUGAUGACUUUAAUAAUUUUUUUUGUAACAUAGCAGGUAAUAUAGUAAAUCACAUCCCUGAUGUACAUUUAGAUCCUGUUAAUAAUAUUGAUUUCCUGGUACCGCCACCUCUGUUUUCUUUUUCUGAAGUCACAUUUAACGAGGUUCGCGAUGUAAUAGAUAAUCUCAAAAAUAAAAACAGUAAAGAUAUUUUUGGUUUCAAUUUAAAAAUUGUAAAAUGUAUAAAGAAUAUAAUUUUGAUCCCUCUAACACGACUGAUUAAUAUUUGUCUUAGAGAAAAUAUUUUUCCAACUGUUCUAAAGAGAGCUAGUGUCACACCUAUUUUUAAGAACGGUAAUGUUGAUUCACCAGAGAACUACAGACCUAUAUCCCUUCUUCCAGUUAUCUCUAAGAUCUUUGAAAAAUGUAUGGCUUUGAGACUGGUAACCUUUUUUGAGGCAAAUGAAUUGUUUUCACAAUAUCAGUUUGGUUUUCGCCAGGGUAAGAGCACUGUUAUGGGUGUACUUAACCUGAUUUCUUCUAUAAUUGAUGCUUUCCAUGGAGGAGGGUAUAACACGGUUCUUUUCUGCGAUCUUAGGCAUUUGAUUGUGUGA